CCCAAGCGGCGCAAGCCUGAUUCCCCCCCUUCGAACUACAUUUCCCAAAAGGCUUUACGGCCUUGGGAGAAAAGGCGGGCUUCUCCCUCAGUGAGGGGAAAAAAGGGGGCGCGUUUUCCUCGCCUUCGCUCCUCAGCAGCGUCCAAGAUGGCGGAGGCGGUGCUGAGCGCCGGCGUGAACCUGGAAGCCUUCGCCCAGGCCAUCUCGGCCAUCCAAGCCCUGCGCUCCAGCGUCACCCGCGUCUUCGACUGCCUGAAGGACGGCCGGCGGAACAAAGAGACCUUGGAGGGCCGCGAGAAGGGCUUCGUCUCCAGCUUCCAGGAGAGCCUGCACUCCGUCAGCCGGGACCUGGGAGAACUUGAACGUCUCAGUAAUCUUGUAGGCAAGCCGUCUGAGAAUCAUCCCUUACAUAACAGCGGACUGUUGAGUUUAGAUCCUGUGCAGGACAAAACACCUCUCUAUAGUCAACUUCUCCAGGCUUAUAAAUGGUCAAAUAAGCUGCAGUAUCAUGCUGGGCUGGCCUCUAGCCUUCUCAAUCAGCAGUCCUUGAAGCGGUCUGCCAACCAGAUGGGAGUAUCUGCCAAACGAAGACCCAAGGCCCAGCCUACCACCUUGGUGCUACCACCUCAGGGUGGUGGGGCUUCAAGACCAGCGCAUGAGAAAGAGGCACAAGGAUCUCUGUCAGCCUUCAGAAUCUUCGUGAACAGUCCAGGUGAUUCUUUGCACACAAAAAGGUAUGUCGAUGACGUGAUCAGCCGCAUUGAUAGAAUGUUUCCUGAAAUGUCCAUCCACUUAUCCAGGCCGAAUGGAACUUCAGCAAUGCUGCUGGUCACCUUGGGGAAAGUGUUAAAAGUCAUAGUCGUGAUGCGGAGCCUCUUCAUUGACCGAACAAUUGUAAAGGGAUAUCAUGAGAACGUUUACACGGACGAUGGCAAGCUUGAUAUAUGGUCCAAGUCCAGCUAUCAAGUGUUUCAGAAGGUAACCGAUCAUGCUACGACUGCCCUGCUGCAUUACCAGUUACCCCAAAUGCCAGAUGUGGUGGUCCGGUCGUUCAUGACCUGGCUAAGAAGUUACAUAAAGCUCUUCCAGGCUCCAUGCCAGCGCUGCGGAAAGUUUCUGCAGGAUGGUCUACCACCCACGUGGCGGGAUUUUCGGACGCUGGAAGCCUUCCAUGACACCUGUAGGCAGUAGAGGGGCUGGAGACUGUAUCUGGAGGCCAACCGGAGUAUGUGAAGAGAACCAACUUAAAAGAGGCAUCUUGAGAGGCAUGGAUGGGUAGAGGGUGGGGUGGCCCAUGUCUUUGCUCUUCUUCUAGCUGUUUCUAAUUGCACCUUCUCCUUCACCAUGACCGGUUUUGAGAGGAGGACUGAAGCCUUGCCCGAAUGGCUCAUUUCAUAGUUUUGACUCAAUUCAGCUAAACACACAAGGGCUAAAAGUGGAAUACUGUUACUGUCCAUCAUCAUUUUUCAGAGUGCUAAGCUUCAAAUGUUGAAGCUGUCCAGUUGGAUCAUUCGGCAUCAUCACUUAUUAAUUCCAGGUGCCUUUUCGGUAUCGUUUAAGUUAUGUCAUGCAAUUAGUCUGCCAUUUAGAAUCUAUUUUUUGGUAUGAAUAAAAGUUGAUAUUCAGCUA